CCAUAGAUGAUAUCUUUCACACGUAACCAUAAUCUCCAUUAGCUAUUCUCUCUUCAAGUUCUAACCAUAAAAACAAAAUUCACAGCUGGAAAUAUUUAUUUCGAGCAUAUAUAUACACACAAGUAAAGUCACGUACAUACUUCAUUAAACUCCUUCACGUUCAAAAAAAUGGCAACAGAGUCGCAGCAACCAAAGAAGCUAACGCUUCCGUUAAAAACAAGAAUCGCUCUCACCGUUAUCUCCACCGUCACCGAUAACGCCCAACGUCCUAACGGCUCCAUCAACCGCCGUUUCCUCCGUCUCUUCGAUUUCCGCGCCCCUCCCAACCCCAAACCGAUCAACUCCGUCUCCUCCUCCGACGUCACCAUCGACCCUUCCCGCGACCUCUGGUUCCGACUCUACACCCCCCACGUCUCCGGCGACCGUAUCCCCGUCGUGAUCUUCUUCCACGGCGGAGGCUUCGCCUUCCUCAGCCCCAACAUCCACCCCUACGACAACGUCUGCCGUCGCUUCGCCGCGAACCUCCCCGCCUACGUCGUCUCCGUCAACUACCGCCUCGCGCCGGAGCACCGUCACCCCGCGCAGUACGACGACGGAUUCGACGCCGUGAAGUUCCUCGACGACGGCGAAGGAACUCUCCCGGCGAACGCCGAUCUCUCGCGGUGCUUCCUCGCCGGAGACAGCGCCGGCGGGAACAUCGCGCACAACGUGGCGAUCCGCGUCUGCCGCGAGAGUCACCGUUUCUCCGCCGUGAGACUCGCCGGAGUUAUCUCGAUCCAGCCGUUCUUCGGCGGGGAGGAGAGGACGGAGGCGGAGAGGAGCCUCGCCGGAGCGCCGUUGGUUUCGCCGGGGAGGACGGAUUGGUGUUGGCGUGCGGUGUUGCCGGAGGGAGCGAGUAGGGAUCACGAGGCGGCGAGGCCGAGUUUGGUUGAUAUUUCGGGUCUGGAUUAUCCGGAAACGUUGGUGGUUGUGGCCGGGUUUGACCCGUUAAAGGAUUGGCAGAGGAGUUACUGUGAGUGGUUGAAGCUAUCCGGGAAGAGAGUGAGGCUAAUCGAGUAUCCAAACAUGUUCCAUGCGUUUUAUAUCUUUCCUGAGUUGCCGGAGGCUGGGGAGUUAGUUCGGAGGAUUAAGGAGUUCGUUGAGGAGCGUGUGGCUUCACUCUCUGAUUAAAAAUAUUAUGAUUAUUAAGAUAAGCUCGAUUUUUUUUUUUUUUUUUUUUGCCAUCUGAAAAUAUUUAUUGA